CUUUAGCCAUCCUCAGAUUUCCUGAGGAAUGGGGAGAAAGCAAGCGCGUGGACCGCGUGCUCUCCCCCCCAUGCCAAGUCAAGACACAGGAGAUGAAAUGCCAGUUGCCAGAACCAAAAAGAGGAAGUCAAGAAAAGAGGCCAAUGGAGUGGAAGGCCCAGAGGAGCCAGGGAUGGAAAUGAGUGGAAUGGAGACAGGCGGGGUGGACAGUCACAGGCAGUCUGAGAGCAGGGAGCCCCUGACCCCUGAACCCCAGGAUAUGCCACUGCAAAGGAAGAAGAAGAAGAAGAAGGUGCAGCCUCCAGUUUCUCCGGAUUUGGGGGCUGACCAGGAGGGGGACCCCGUGCCGCCGCCGGACUUGGUGAAUGGGGAGGGGGCCGAGCAGCACACAGAUGUGGAGGAGGUGACCCGUAAAACCAAAAAGAAAAAGAAGCCCAAGCCUGUGGAGAUGCAUUACACGAACGAGCUGAGCGUAGAGGACGAGGACAUCGUCACAGACAUGCAGCCACCCCCUCCCCAGCGGUCCCUGUUUUCUGCCCCGCCGGGAGCUAGCCAGCCUAUGGAAAAAGUGUUCGUUGAGAGAAGCAGGCGUUUCCAUGCAGCCGACCGCUUGGAGAUGGGCAAGGCUGGCAAUCAGGCGGACGACUUCAUGGAAAUGAGACACUUGUGGACGACUCGGGACGUGGCCAUGAGGGUGCACAGUGGGUUCAGGGUAGUCGGGCUGUUCUCUCACGGGUUCCUGGCGGGGUACGCCGUGUGGAACAUCAUUGUGGUGUACGUCCUGUCAGGAGAGGAGCUGUCCAAUCUGUCCAACCUACUGCAGCAGUACCACCCUCUGGCCUACCCCGCCCAGUCACUGCUCUACCUGCUGCUCGCCAUCAGCACCGUCUCUGCCUUCGACAGGGUAAAUCUUGCUAAGGCCUCCAUGGCUCUGAGGGGUUUCCUCACUCUGGACCCUGUGGCACUUGCUUCCUUCUUAUACUUCACGGCUCUGAUUCUGUCUCUCAGUCAGCAGAUGACCAGUGACCGUAUCCACCUCUACCCCACUGCCAACGAGAGCUUGUGGCCCCCUGGUUCCGAGCACCAGAUCCUGCAACCCUGGAUUGUGGUGAACCUGGUGGUUGCACUACUGGUCGGAUUGGCCUGGGUCUUUGUCUCCACACGACCUGAGUUGGACUACACAGAAGAGUUCCUAAUGGCGAUGGAGGUGGAGGAGUACCCAAGACUGGAAGAGAAGUCUGAAAUCCCUUCUUGA